CCGUUGCCACAACUUAAAACUAACAAACAAAACUCAUCACACAGAUUUAGAGGGAGAAACAGUUUUAAUCUUCAACCCAUCACCAUACAUGGGUUGCGUUUCCUCAAAACACAUCAAAAAAGACAUUCAACAACGGGAACAUGCUUACGUUAACCAUGUAGUUUCUCUCACUUCCUCAACCUAUGGAGCACUCAAUUUAGACAACAACAAUGAAACAUCCAUUGUUUCAGGAAUAGAAACAGAACCACAAUCCAAAUCAUCACCCAACAAAGACCCAGAAACUAUCAUCAACAUCAAUGCUUGGGAACUCAUGGAGGGUCUUGAAGAAGGAGCACCCAUUUCAAAUUUUCAGAAGAAAACCCCAAAGUCCACACCUUUUCUUCGUGGGUUUGUUGCUUCUGACACAAAAAGCCCAUUGAAGUUUCUAAAUCAAUUUGUUUCUCCUAAAACUUCCCUCAAGAAAUCCUCAGGGAAAGAGAAUAAGGGUCAAGUUAAUAUGGUAAGGGGUGGUGUUAGACGUUUGGAUUAUAGUCCUAAAGGAAUUUUUAAACAAAACAAUUCUUCUUCUUCUUCUCCUAAGAGUUCGAGUUUUCAACUUAAAGGGUCUCCAUUUUCUACAAGAAGAAAGAGUUUUGGGGGUGACAGUGUGAGAAAAAGUCUUGGUUCUGUUCCUAAUCCUUUGUUUGAUCCAGAACUUCGUGAAUCUUAUGAAAAGGAAAAUUCUGAAGAGAAAGAACAAAUCAAGAGGAUUGUUUUCGCUACUCCGAAAACACGAAGAGCAAGAAAAUCUCUUGACUCAAUUAACCUUUUGAACUUGUUUGAGAACAAGUGUCCUCCAGGAGGAGAAAACUCGGUUGUGAUUUACACGACAACAUUGAGAGGAAUCAGAAAAACGUUCGAGGAUUGUAAUAAGGUUCGAUCGAUCAUUGAAUCGUAUUGUGUGUGUAUGCGUGAGCGCGACGUAUCUAUGGAUUCCGGGUUUAAGGAGGAGUUGAAGAAGCUUGUGGAGAUGAAACAAGUUCAAGUUCCUGUUGUAUUUGUGAAGGGAAGGUUUGUUGGAGGAGUUGAUGAAGUUGUGAAAUUGGAAGAAGAUGAAAAAUUGGGUGUUCUUUUGGAAGGGAUUCCAAAGGCAUUAGGAGUGUGUGAAGGGUGUGGUGGUAUGAGGUUUGUAAUGUGUAAGGAAUGUAAUGGAAGUUGUAAGGUUUUGGAUGAGAAGCAAAAGAAAACGGUUAAGUGUGGUUAUUGUAAUGAGAAUGGAAUAAUUAGAUGUGCUAUAUGUUGUUGAAAAUUGGUUUGUUUUGUUUGGAUUUUGGGAUGGUUUGUUUGUGUUUCUUAAUUUCUAGGAAGAAAUGGAACAAACAUGUUGUUUGAUCCUAGGGAUAGGGUUCUAUGUGUUUUAGUCCCUUAUUUGUUAUUGAUUAUUUUUUUCUUUCUGUCUUUGUAUUUGGGACACUUGAUGUUCCUUCACUAAUCCAAUUCAAGCUUACACGAAUUAUUAGCUUUUGCUUGAUUGAGCAAAAAAUAUGUCACUUAUUUUAGGUUCUACCGUUUAUU